UUAACAAAAAAUUCUCCAGACUUAAUCCUGAAGUGGAGGUGUUCUUACAUCUGUGUCAGAAAAAUGGAUGAUGAUGAUGAUGACAUUCCCCAGCUUUCAUCCCACACGCUGGCUGCCCUCCAGGAGUUCUAUCUGGAACAGCAGAAGAGAGAGGGCAUGAAGACCUCCCAGGAGUUUAAUCAAUAUUCCAUUGGCUCAAUAGAAGAAGACUGGCAACUGAGCCAGUUUUGGUACAGUGAUGAAACUGCAUCAUGCCUGGCUAAUGAGGUGGUUGUGGCAGCUGGAAAAGGUGGCAGGAUAGCAUGUGUUAGUGCACCAAGUGUGUACCAGAAACUGAAAGAACAGGAUGGUAAAGAUUUUUCAGUCUGUAUACUGGAGUAUGACAGAAGAUUUUCUGUAUAUGGAGAAGAAUUCGUCUUCUAUGAUUACAACUAUCCUUUGAACUUACCUGAACAUCUCCUGCCACACAGUUUUGACAUUGUCAUAGCAGAUCCACCCUAUCUGUCUGAGGAAUGUCUUCAUAAAACUGCAGAGACCAUCAAAUACUUAACAAAAGGAAAGAUUCUGCUUUGCACAGGUGCAAUCAUGGAGGAACAGGCAGCAAAGCAUCUCGGUGUGAAGAUGUGCAAGUUUAUUCCAAAACACUCACGAAAUCUAGCCAAUGAAUUUCGAUGUUAUGUGAACUAUGCUUCUGGACUGGACUGAUUCCCAUAAAAUCUACAACUUUUUUCAGU